UGGAUUUAUGGCACGCAGCUGUUGAGUGGCUGACAGUCAAACGUGUGAGGAACGGGUAUUCAAGCAAGCUGGCUCUGCUUACUGUAGCGUAAAGGGGCAACAAGCAACGGCAGCAGAUGGUGCGUGAGCAGUACAUCACCUUGUCCCAGGGCCCGGGGCCUCCUCGGGUUCUUCGGGACCAAGUCUACACCAUCGGCAUCUACGGCUGGAGGAAGCGCUGUCUCUACCUGUUUGUGCUGCUGCUGCUCGUCAUCUUGGUGGUGAACUUCGCCCUCACCAUCUGGGUCCUCAGGGUCAUGUGGUUCAACCCGGAAGGAAUGGGCCUUCUCCAAGUCAACUCAGAGGGCGUCAAGCUGGAAGAGGGGGAGUCCGAGUUUCUGUUCCCAGUCUAUGCCAAUGAAAUCCACUCCAGGGAGGAUGCUUCUCUGUUGGCUCAUUCCACAGAAGGUGUGUCCUUGAACGCUCGUGAUGAAAAUGGGGACGUGACGGGGAGGACGUUUGUGGGUCCGAGGGAGGCGCAGGGACAGACCAGGGGCGUGCUCAUGACUUCGCCCCUCGAUAACAUGCUGUUCAGCGCAGAUGGUCAGCAGACGGUGAUCGGACCAGACAAGCUCCGCGUCACAGGGCCUGAGGGGGCGCUCUUCCAGCACUCGGUGGAGGUGCCUCUGCUGAGGUCGGAGCCACUGAAAGAUCUCAGGCUGGAGUCUCCCACCCGCUCCCUCAGCAUGGACGCUCCGAAGGGGGUGCACCUGAAAGCCCAGGCCGGGAACAUCGAGGCAGCCUCCAACAUGGACGUGCUCCUGGAGUCCACUCUGGGGCUGCUGGUCCUGGAUGCAGAGACUGUGCGCAUGCCCCGUCUGCCCCUGAGCUCAGGAGGGGUUUCUGGGAACGCACAGGGGCUCUUUGAGGUGUGUGUGUGUCCCAGCGGCAAGCUCUUCCUGUCCAAGGCCGGGGUCACCUCCACGUGCAGUGAGAACCAGGACUGCUGAAUGCACUAGGACAGAUAAUCAAUGUCUCCGAAGGUCCAUCUCCAGUGAAGAAACAAGCACAAUGGUUUCUACGGUUACUUGAGGUGCAAAAUCGCCACUGGCAUUUUAAGACUCGAUCAGAAAGUGCCUGCUGGCAACUAGCUGGGAAUGUUGAGGGAAGCAUUCUUUUAAGGGCAUCUGUGGAUUUUUAACUAUUCUUCGCGAAAGAAAUUGGCAACUAAUGUGUUACUUUUGUAAAACAUGAAACCAUGGCUGGGCAAUGAGGAGCUGGUUUACAGCUUACAUCCUAUGCAAUAUUAUUGUAGUGCAAUAAAUGAUAGCAGUGAAGAAGGGCUUGAAAAUAGAAAUGUAAAUAAAUAUUUAUUUUGGUUUGUAGUUCUAAAGCCCUUGGUGUGAUAUGUUUAUUAUGCAUGUCAUGUUUUUACUUGAGAAGAUUAUAUUUGCUUUUGUUGUCUGUUUCUCCAGCAUUCUGCACAUUUGUUUGUAGAACCAACACUUAACAGCUGACAAGCUUUAAAAUAAAGACUUUUGUCUGUGGCUUUAAACCUGGUGUGAGCAUGUAAACAUGCCAGAAAUAAUUGAACCAAAACAACAUAAUUCUCCUGUCUGAAUUAAAAAGGAACUAUUGUUUACAAGGGUAAAGGUUUAUGUGUCACCAUUAAGUUAUAUGUUCAGUUUUUACUGAUUAUAGUCACUUGUACAAUUUGAUAAAGUUGCUUAUUUAUUAAAUUUGUACAGAAAUUAAACAUUAGUAUUAUUG